AUGGCGUCUGUCGCUACAAUAUUGCGGGACAUAUUUGAGGACGAUGAUGAGGAUUUAGAAUUUGAUGGUUUCGGGCCCGAAGACAUCGAGUCUGAUAUUGACUUAAACGAUGUUCUUAACGAACUGUCAACUGACGAUGAGUCAGAGAAUGAAGAUGAACCGCGACCAGGUACUAAUGUACUGCCGCCAUUAGGUAGGCCUAAUGUUGACGAUCCUGAAUGGUCGCGAGAUUUUUCCCCCAUCACUGUUAAUGCUUUUGUUAGGGAAACGGGACCUAUACUACCAGAAAACUUCGAUGUUAAUUCUGCAAGUCCCAUUGACUAUUUCCAUAUAUUCUUCAAUGAAAAUCAGUUUUCUGCCAUCGCUAGGCACACAAACAACUACGCUCGCUGGCGUUUAGAAACCGAAAAUAGAGGUGACCCAAAAUGGCCGGACACCAAUUCGGCCGAAAUAAAAGCGUUUAUCGGCAUAAACGUACUGAUGGGUAUACAAUAUAUGCCAGAAACGGACAUGUAUUGGUCAAGUGACGAUUACCUAGGAAAUAUUGGAGUAAAAAAUGUCAUGCCAUGCAAUAGAUUCCAAAAACUUUCACAGUAUUUUCAUGUAUCAGACAGGGAAAAUGAACCAGUUCGUGGUCAUGAAAAUUAUGACAAAUUGUAUAAAGUCAGAGAGACAAUUGAUCAUGUCUCAAAAACUUUUCUGGACAGAUACAGACAUUCAUGUAAUAUUUCUGUGGAUGAAGCCAUGGUGAAGUACACUGGUCGAUUGUCAUUUCGUCAAUACAUGCCCGCUAAACCCAUCAAGUGCGGUAUUAAGAUUUGGAUGCGGUGUGAUGCUGAAACUGCUUACCUCUCUCGCUUUCAGAUAUAUUUGGGGAAAAAAGAGGGUGGUGUGGAACAUGGCCUUGGAUAUAAUGUAGUCACAAGCUUAUGUGAUGACAUACAUUACCACAAUCACCAUGUCUACUUUGACAAUUAUUUCACUGGAGUGAAAUUAUUGGAGGAUUUACAUGAUCAUGGCAUAUAUGCAUGUGGUACUUGUCGUUCUAAUCGUUCUGGGUUUCCAAAAGAAUUUAAGAAACCGGGAAAAAUGAACAGGGGGGAAUACAAAGUUUUGCAAAAGGGCGAGUCAAAUUUGGUAGCCACAGUUUGGAAGGACAAAAAGCCUGUCUUCAACUUGUCUACCCUCAGUGAUCCUGAAGGGGAAGUUAGGGCAGCGCGUCGAGUUGGUGCAAAUGUCCUGGAUCUUCCACAGCCUCUGACUGUGUAUUCUUACAAUAAAUACAUGGGUGGUGUUGACCGGCAAGACCAGUUGAGAAUGGCGUAUGAUGUUGGCCGGGCAUCAAAGAGAUGGUGGCGAUAUAUCUUUUGGUUCUUGGUCAAUUGUGCUAUUGUCAACUCGUUUAUUGUCUACAAAAUGGUGUCAAAGCGUCAGACCAAAAGGAAAAGAUAUCGCCACCUUGACUUUAAGAAUGAGUUGGUCAGGGACCUGAUAGGUGGUUACACAACCCGCAAACGCCAAUCUCAACAAAUGGAUAACCCAGGCAUUGUCCUGCAAGAAAAUGUAGGUGGUCACAUAAAUUCCCGUCUUCCUGGCCCUAAACGCAGAUGUCGUUUUCAUCUUACUGCCCACAAGCAAAGAAAAGAAACUGUUUAUGGAUGUGUAGUGUGUGGUGUCCACCUCUGUAAAGAUGGGUGCCACAAUCAGUUCCAUGUUCAGUAA